AUGAAUUUGUUUAUGAUAAUAAUUCUAUUUGUUGCUGGAAAAUGUCUAUCAGAUAACAUCUACUUUGUAAUGGAUCUUGAUUUAAAAGUAAAAUCAAGCAAAUGGCUAGUUUUAAAACAGUACUAUAAAGGAAUACCAUAUUACGUAUUCCAUCCUUCGCCUGGCUAUGAGGUAGGUUCAAUAGUUUUCAAAGGUCAUUCUUUAUUCGUAAGACCUUCAGUAGAAGUGGUUGCUUCUGUCUUUGUUUAUUAUGUUGAAGAAAACCAUGGAACGCCAUUAAUAUUAAUUCAUUCUCACGGGUAUGAACAUACCCCUAUAGUUGAUUCAUCUACUUUGGAGACGGAACGCAAUAAUUGCAGGAAGUUAUUCUUUGAUUUCAUAAAAGAAAAUCUAACACAAAAUAAAGUGAUACAGGAAAAGUUAAAAGAUCUUGAUUCCGAGUACGAUCCUUUUGCCCAACCUUCGAGUUUAAAUAGUCUUAUAUACAGACUUUAUAAAAGUGUAUCUUAUAAAGGUGAGACUCCCAAAUUUAAAGAGAUAUUUAACUCAACUAACCUUAGACCAACUGUUAAGGACGGCAGUUUUUAUCAAAAGGAGGAAAAAUCUGAGACGUCCACUGAAAUUGUAGAGCCAUCAGAAACGCAAAAAUCCGAAAUACCUACACAACCUGAUCAACAAACUAUUGAUAAACCUGAACUGCAACCGGAAACUAUUGUAAUUAGUGAUUUUAGUGAGUCUGAUUAUGAUGAAGCUGAUGCAUCUGAAUCUGACCAUGAGGAAACUGAAUCAGAUGAUGAGCAAUCUGAACCGGGAGAUUCUCAGCCACCUUCCAAGAAGCCGAAACAUGAUCAUGGAUUAGAACAAGAAAUUAUAGUGAUCAGUGACUCUAGCGAAUCCGAUGAGGAAAUUCAGGAAUAA